ACUAGUUCUUGAUCUCAGUUCCGCUUCCGACUGUUGUCUAUCUCUAUCACUCUCUCUGUUAUCAAAAUCCAUGGCCAAGUGCUUAGUGGUGCCCCAUUCCUAUUCCUAUGCCUAUGCCUAUCCCCAUCCCCGUAGAGCUAUCAGCACCAGGAAGGCACCUCCGCAACAACUUGAGCUCCAUCCCUUGGCCGCCGGCUCUCUCUUCUCCUCAACCUCUUAUAUUCCCCUCAAUUUGCGACGCCGCCCAACUCUCAGCGCUCUUGACUCCGAUGUUCCUCACCCUCUUCACCAGGGAUCGGCGAAAUUGAAGACUAGUGAGAGUUUUGAGCAAUGGGAUUCAUGGACAGCAAAGUUCUCUGGCGCAUCCAAUAUUCCAUUUCUGCUGCUGCAAAUGCCUCAGAUCAUCCUCAAUGCUCAAAAUCUUAUGGCUGGGAACAAAGCUGCUCUUUUGGCAGUCCCCUGGCUGGGAAUGUUUACUGGUUUGCUUGGAAACCUUUCGCUACUUUCAUAUUUUGCAAAGAAGAGGGAGAAGGAGGCCAUUGUGGUGCAAACAUUGGGUGUAGUGUCCUUGUAUAUUGUAUUUGCACAGCUCUCCUUGGCAGAAGCAAUGCCUCUACCGUACUUUGUGAUCACCUCCAUUGUUGUGGCAACUGGCCUUAUUUUGAAUUUUUUGAAUUACUUUAACUUUCUCAAUCCUGGAGUUUGGCGCUUGUGGGAAGAUUUUAUUACUGUUGGUGGGCUGUCAAUGCUUCCCCAAAUUAUGUGGUCUACAUUUGUUCCGUAUAUACCCAGCAGCAUCGUGCCUGGAGCAUUGGCUUUUGUUCUAGCUGUGGCCGCUGUAGUUAUGGCUCGAAUGGGGAAACUCUCUUCAGAAGGAAUAAAAUUUGUUGGAUCAAUAUCUGGAUGGACAGCUACACUCCUCUUCAUGUGGAUGCCUGUUUCCCAAAUGUGGACAAAUUUCCUAAAUCCUGACAACAUCAAAGGCUUAUCAGCUGUCUCAAUGUUGCUUGCAAUGAUUGGAAAUGGACUUAUGAUCCCUCGUGCUCUUUUUAUUCGUGAUUUUAUGUGGUUCACAGGUUCUUCUUGGGCUUCUUUCUUUUAUGGAUAUGGGAAUAUAGUGGCCUUAUAUUGGUUUAACAGUAUCAGCAAGGAAUUCUUCCUAGCAGCGUCAGCUGGUUUGUUUUUAUGGAUAGGAAUGGCUCUUUGGAGAGAUGCUGCAGUGUAUGGUUACAGCUCCCCUCUCACAUCUUUAAGAGAGCUGGUUUCUGGAUCCUAACUUAAAGUCUGAGUUAAUACUUUAGGCCCAAAAGGAUCUAAAAAAGCAACCGGAUAACAUAAAGUCGAGGAUGAAACAUAACAGCUCUUCUCCACAGAGAAACCAGUCUUUGUGGCCAUUGCAGAUUACAACAGUUGUUUUAAGGACAGCUGCUAGGGAUUUGCUUCCAGGCCGGUAUCAUGAAUAAUAUGCACACGGUAGAAUAUGUUAUGAAAGAUUGUAGUUUAAUUGCAAUGUAAGGAGUAACUCAUAUUCCAACCCUGUUACAGAGAUCCGCUUCACGAUGUCUGAAACUUGUGUAACCAUGCAUAUAUUGUUUGGCAAGAAAUAAUGAAAUGGCUCACUUUGAGCAUUUGUU